CACGUACUAUGGUAUCGCAUGGCAGCAAGCGUGCACCUCCUCCAGAGCUCAAAGAGAGGAAUGAUGGAAAGCUGCACAUACUGAGCAAUGACCAGCGGCGUGGGAUGCCCCUCAUAUAGGUGCCAAUACCGGCUCAGUAGUGCAGCAAGCGUCCUAUCGUCAUGUCGCGACCAACACGUAGCAGUUUAUGUACAACUAGCUAAGACAUUAAAGCGUUACUCGACACUGGCACACUUCACCUGAAAUGGACAGCGCUCUUGCCUCGCC